UUUAUUAGAGUGUAUGGAAAUUACGUUUAUUGCAGCAAGAACUUACUUUUAAUAGUAUAAGUCUUUAUAUUAUAAUGUAUUAUAAUAUAAUCAAAUAUAAAAAAUGAACUGGAGCUGCUGUAGACGUGUUUUAGCAUAUACUGUUGAACAAUGUAACGUGUAAUGACUAAUGAUAGAUUUAUACACUAGUUGUCCCUGUUAUCAAAACAACAAUCAUCAUGAAACUGUACUGCCUAAGCAGUGAUGCAUCAAAGCCAUGCUUUGUGCUUUCCUUUAAAGAACUCCUCAUAAUGCUGGAUUGUGGUCUGUCGGCGCACUCUGUGUUGAACUUUUUGCCGCUACCGCCAGUGCCAAGCACGAGGCUCGCCUCCCUGCCCAACUACACUCCACCACACCUCAAUGAUCCACUUUUGGAAGGAGAGCUUAAAGAAUGUUGCGGAAGAGUAUUUGUGGAUAGUAUUCCAGAAUUUUGUCCACCUUUGGAUAAAGUUGUGGACUUUUCCCAGUUGGAUGUAAUAUUAAUAUCGAACUAUACGUGCAUGAUGGCUCUACCAUAUAUAACCGAAGAAACGGGCUUCAAGGGCCAAGUGUAUGCCACAGAACCGACACUACAGAUUGGAAGGUUCUACCUGGAGGAGCUAUCGGAGUGGCUGUCGAACGGCGGCGGCGCGGGGGCGGGUGCGGGGGCGGGGGCGGCGCGGCGCUGGAAGGAGCUGGUGCACAUGCUGCCGCCGCCGCUGGCGCAGGCGGUGCGGCCGCGCGCCUGGCGCCGCCUGUUCUCCGCGGCGGCGCUCGCGCGGGCCUUGGCGCGCGUCCGCGUGGUGGGCUACGACGAGCGCGUGGACUUGUACGGCGCGCUGCACGCCACGGCCGUCAGCUCCGGCUUCUGCCUGGGCUCCGCCAACUGGGUGCUGCGUUCGGCGCACGAGAAGGUGGCGUACGUGAGCGGCUCGAGCACCCUUACAACCCACCCGCGCCCCAUCAACCAGGCGGCCCUGCGCGGCGCCGACCUGCUCGUGCUGGCCGCGCUGACGCAGACGCCGGCCCACAACCCCGACCACAUGCUGGGCGACCUGUGCGUGCACGCCACCGUGACGCUGCGCGCCGGCGGCUGCGUGCUGUGCCCCGUGUACCCGAGCGGCGUGCUGUACGACCUGCUGGAGUGCCUCUCCGCGCACCUGGACGGCGCGGGUCUGGCGCACGUGCCGCUGUACGUGGUGUCGCCGGUGGCGGACUCCUCGCUGGCGUACAGCAACAUCCUGGCCGAGUGGGUGUCGGCGGGCAAGCAGGCGCGCGUGUACCUGCCCGAGGAGCCGUUCCCGCACGCGGCGCUCGCCCGUGCCGGCCGCCUGCGCCGCGCGCGCGAGCUGCACGACGAGGCGUUCGGCGCCGACUUCCGCCAGCCUUGCGUCGUGUUUUGCGGCCACCCGAGCCUGCGUUUCGGCGCCGCCGUGCACCUCGUGGAGCUGUGGGGCUCCAACCCCGCGCACGCCGUCAUCUUCACCGAACCCGAUUUCCCGCACGCGGAGGCGCUCGCCCCCUUCCAGCCGCUCGCCAUGAAGGCGUUCCACUGCCCCAUCGACACUUCGCUCAACUACUCGCAGGCCAACAAGCUGGUGCGCGAGCUGCGGCCGCGCGAGCUGGCGCUGCCCGAGCAGUACGCCGGUGGCGCCGGGCGCGGCGCCGUGGGUGGCGACGUGCCCACCGUGGUGGUCCGGCGCGGGGCGGCGCGUGCGCUCGGCGUGCGGCGGCGCGCGGCGCGGGGCACGCUGGACGGCGCGCUGGCGGCGGCGGCGGCGCGCGGCGGGCUGCGUGAGGUGCGAGCGGGGCUGCGCGCGGCGCCGCUGACAGUGUCGCUGCGCGUGCGCGACGCCCGGCUGGAGCUGCUGCCGGCAGGCGGGGUGGGCGGCGCGGGGGGCGGCGCGGCGCUGGCGGCGGGUGCGGUGCACUGGAGCGCGCUGGACGUGGAGGCGCUGGUGCGCGCGCUGGCGCGGGAGGGCGUGGGCGAGGCGCGGGUGGAGGCGGGCGGGGGGGGGUGCAUCGUCCACCUGCCGCGGCAUGACACGCUAGUGCACGUGGAGCGCCACGCCACGCACGUGUUCUGCGAGGGCCGCGACGACGUGCGCCAGGCGCUGCGCCGCGCGCUCGCCGCCUGUCUGCCGCACAUGUAGACGUCGUAUUACAAAUAAAAUUAAUUGUAACUUUU